UCUUCAUACCCACCCGCCCAUCCCUAUACCAAAAUGAACGCGAACGUCGGCAAGCAGUACCAGGACAACCUGAUGGCGAUGUGUGCCACGGGCAACCACGACGUGUCGAAGAAGUACGGCGUGUGCGGUAUCAUCUGCGCGGUGCUCCUCUUCCCCUGCGGUCUGAUCUGUCUCUUCUCGGACGUCGAGAAGCGUUGCGUGCGCUGCGGCGCGAAGGUCUAG